AUGCAAACAUCGUUUGAUUUACUCCACAAUUUUUUUCACAUGAAAUUGAUUAGCAUUUUCUUUUUUUUCAUUCCAUUUCCAGUUUCUCAGCAUGUUUUCUUUCUUUCAGACACUUUUUGCAACUUAUUUGUUCUUUCACCCCAAAUUCUUUUUUUUUAUAUUUACCUUUACUAUUGUUUUUUUUGUUCAAUUUUUUCUUUGUUCUUUUUCAUUCUUUCUGUUUUAACAAUGUUUCAUUUUUCUUCAGAAUUAACACUUUUAUUUUUCCAUUUUCCUCUACUUUACCACCUUUCUUUUCCUUUCCCCUCUACUUUACCACCUUUCCUUUUACCACCUUUCUUUUUCUUUUACCUCUACUUUACCACCUUUCCUUUUACCUCUACUUUACCACCUUUCUUUUUUUCCCUCUACUUUACCACCUUUCUUUUUUCCCUCUACUUUACCACCUUUCCUUUUACCUCUACUUUACCACCUUUCCUUUUACCUCUACUUAACCACCUUUCCUUUUCUUUUACCUCUACUUAA